AUGGUAAAGUCAACAUGUCACUGCAGCUGCCGUAAUUUGGCAACAGGAAGAACCGUUACACAGUCAUCAACCUAUGGACUGUGGUCUGCAGAACAGGCCAUUGACUACAAUCCAGGUUUCAUCCAGCCAUCAUCAUCGUGUUCCUCAACCAAUAUUCAGACUAACCCAUGGUGGAGAGUGGAUCUGAGUUCUGUGCACCGAGUUAAUAGAGUCAUCAUCACAAACAGACUAGACAACUCUACAGAACGAAUAAACGGAGCACAGAUUCGCAUCGGAAACUCUUUGGAGAACAACGGCAACAGCAAUCCCAUAUGUGCUGUGAUCUCUAGCAUUCCGGCUGGUGUUUCCUCCACCUACACCUGUAAUGAUAUGGAGGGUCGAUACGUGAAUCUGUUCAUUCCUGGAUAUUCAAAGUGUCUUACUCUGUGUGAGGUGGAGGUCUAUGAAGAAGGUAUUCCAAUCCUUUACUACAUAAAUGCAUUUGUGUAUGGCACCAAACCAUGUCCAUACUUAUAG